UGCGAAACUCGAAUUGUUUCCAUUCAGUUUUAUAUGUUUGUUGAAAAUUGUGUGAUUACCAUAAUAGAACUAAAAUAAAAGUAAAAUGAAUUUCUUGAUCAUUUUAAGUGCCAUCUUUUGUCUCUCACCCAUCAGUGCUGCUCCAACCGAAGGACCAACUCCACUUGCCAAAGCCGCUGUCGAAUUUAAUCGGAGAUUCGUUAAUGAAUGGGAACAAAUGGUUCCUGGUUGGGAUUCAAAAGCUUCACUUCAAUCAAAUCUUAUGGCUCUUCUCUCAAGACCUUUUGACAACAAUAUGGUUCCUGCAUGGAACCCAGAUAUCAGUGCCAAGGAAAAUUUCGAAAAGUACAUUGUUCUUCUUGACGUCGAAGGUUUAGCUAGAAACAAAUCUGUUGUUGAUAAUAUGGCACUGAUUGUUCAAAAAUACUUCAAUAAAUUGCCGAUUCCAAUGUUUUUCCCGAAAAGUGAAAUCGAAGAAAAGAUUGUCGAUGAAAUGACUACGUUUGUCACAGAACAUUUUGAUCAUAACAUUAAAACUGAGACUCUUGACCAAGCUGUUAAUGCUUGGCUCGAUAGUCUUGAUAUUAAAAUUUCGGAUCCUAAAGACUUCAUCAAAAGCACUUUAGAGACAAUUUUUGCCCAAAUUUCCUUUCCUGGUUUCAGUUCUGAUAAAACUUUGCAAGAUAAUGUGGUUGGACUAACUGAAUUUAUUUUUCAAAAAAUUGACUUUUGAACUUCCAUGCCUGUAUGAAAUAUUAUCAAAAUGAUGAUUCAAUAAACCUUAUAAUUUA